AUGUACCUUUCAUAUCGAUCGUACAUCGGCCAAAGUUCGUUUACAGUUGCGGUGAAAGCAUUGCAGGUUUAUGCUGCUGAUCAAUUUGGUGCAGCGAAGACGAAAAAUAUCAAAAGAAUAAAGCGUGAACUCAGAAUAUGCGCCAUCCUCAAGCAUCCAAAUAUUCUACCCAUUUAUGGCUAUACGUAUGGGUUCGGCCCAUUCCUAGCGAUAGUCAGUCCUUGGGCGGAGAAUGGUAACCUGUCGGACUAUUUGGAGCUCAAGGGCACGGCUCUUACUCUCCUCAGGGAUAUCAUAGCUGGUCUGCAAUAUCUUCAUGCCAACAGUGUCAUCCACGGUGACUUCAACGGGCCCAAUGUGCUCAUCCAUGGUGAUGGCACUGCAUGUGUUGCUGACUUCGGUCUGUCCUUGAUGUAUUCCGAGGCCACAAGCGCCUCUCAGGCUUCCUGGACGUCCACCCUCAAAGGAAACAUGCGGUGGAUGGCUCCUGAGCUACUCGUACCAGAGCAGGAGGAUGGAUCUCCAACUCGUCCAAGCGAACAGAGCGACAUCUUUUCGUUCGGCGGUAUCAUGUUGCAGGUCCUCACUAACAAGAUUCCUUAUUAUUACCUCCCGAAUGACGCCGCUAUCGUACUAUGCAUAGCUAGGUCGGAAACACCCUCCCGAGCUCGUUAUCCUGAGCUCCCUGAAAAAUACUGGACGUUUAUCGAGCAAUGUUGGUCUACUGAUCCUCGGGACCGUCCAUCAACAGAGGGAGCUGAUGUGACAAUCAGGAAUGACUUCUACUUACUGUCGAGAUCUCGCUAA